AGCACUUUGGCUAUCUCACCACUUGUUCAAUUCCUUCAUCACUCUUCUCUUUCUUUUUCAUCCACUUCUCUCUGUCACUUGCUUCACUACUUCAACUUUUUUUUUUCCUCUUAUGGAGUUCUCUGAAGACUCAAUGGAUAGGACGUUGGUGUUCAAAGGAAAGCGCAGUAAGCGGCCACGGCAGUUCAUGGCGGUGGCGAUGGUCACUUCCACGUCAUCAACCGCCGGCGGUGGUGGUGGAAGUGGUGGCGCCGAAGGCGGUACUAGUGGAGGUGAUGAUGUUUAUAAUUACUCUUCAUCGAUUCAGUAUUCAUCAUCAACUACUUCAACUACGCAAAUAUCGACAAGCAGUACAGAGGAAGAUGAGGAUAUGGCCAAUUGUUUAAUUCUAUUAGCACAAAGUGGCCGAUGCCAGAAAUUACAAGUGGAAAGUACUGAACGUAAGAUGGUGAAAAUCAGUAGCCGGAAAUUUACAGAAAUGGCUACAACAACUACCGGAAAAGCAGGGUUCUAUGUGUACGAGUGCAAAACUUGUAACAGAACGUUUCCAUCUUUUCAAGCACUUGGUGGGCAUAGAACAAGUCACAAAAAAAUCAAAACCGUAGCCGAAGGGAAAAAAUGUACUGCUGAUUCUGUUUCAUCGUCAGUAGAUCAACACCAACAACAACAACAACAAGAGGAGAAAACCAAUCGGAUUAUUACGGCUUCUGUCACUUCUACUCAAAUAGUCAACAAAGGUAACUCGAAUUCACAUAGCAAUUUGAUCAACAACAAACCAAAAAUUCACGAGUGUUCAAUUUGUGGUGCGGAAUUCUCAUCGGGUCAAGCUUUGGGUGGUCACAUGAGAAGACAUAGACCACCAACAAUUACAGCAACACACACUAAAAUUACUGUUGAUGAAACAAGCGAUACUUCAGAUAAUUCAUCACACGAUGAUGAUCAGAAUUCAAAGGAGAAGCCAAAAAUCUUUUUAUCGCUUGAUCUGAACCUGCCGGCGUCACCGGAAGAUGAUCAUCACCGAGAUACUAAUAAUUUUGAAUUUUCAGCUAACCAGCAAAGUCUCGUCUUCUCUGCUGCGGCUUUGGUGGAUUGUCAUUACUAAUUAAACCGAAAUGAUCCGUUUUACUUUUUUUCUUUUUGUUAUUACUAUAAUUUUUAGAAUUAUUGUUAUUGCUAUUUAUAAUUGUUACUACUAUUCUUCAUAAUUUUAUUGUAGAUUGUGUAGAUAUCCUUUUCUGGAGAACAA